AUGCGUUAUGGAAAAGUGUAUUUCUAUGAUCGAAUGGGAAAUCGAGAGCCAAAUGAAGCUGAUAAAAUAAGAGAAGCGUUGGAUAACUUCGACGCUCCGAGAUUUCGGCCUCCAGAUGAACCAAGAAUGAUGAAGAAUUAUACAACACAAUUUUCUCCACUGGAUACUCCACCACCAAUCAGUGGUAAUGGAACACCUCCAGGGGCUGGAAUGCAUCAAUUCUUAUCUGAAUCAAAUAGGGAAAUGAUGAUGGAUUUACCCGCAAAUAUCUCAAAUUUCGGAAGAGACGAUGGUAGUUUGAUUCUGCCUGCAAAUCUAAUGGGUGGUGAUGAGACAAGUAUUCCAAAUAUUGAUCGAUAUCGUAUGGAUCUUCCUUCUGAAAUCUACCCGAAUGAUCCAAUGCCACGUGGGAUUUCAACACCGCCCAUGGAUAUUAAAUUUAAUUUAGGAGAAAAUAUUGGGAGAGAUGUUGAUAGAGGAGUUAUGAAAGGAUUCGGAGGAGAGAGGCAAUAUGAUGAUCCGAUGAUUGAAAUGGAACAAAAGUUGGGAAAUAUUCGGUUUGAGACUGAAGAAGAGAAACGUGGAAAACUUAUCACAAAGUUUGAAGAAAAUGAUUAUUAUGGACAUGAAAUUUGUGCUCAAUGUCAGGCAGAAGAUGAGUAUAUGGAAAGAAUGAGAAGACAAGCAGAAGAAGAACGGAGAAAAUAUGAUGAGACGAUGAAGAGGGCGAAGAUGUAUGAAGAUUUGACAAGAGAGAAGGAAGAAACUUUUAAGAGAGAAGAAGCAGAAAGAAACAAGGCACUUCGAGAUCAUAUUGAUAGAGUUAAUGCAGAAAUGAUUGAGUUGAAAAAGAGAAGACCAAAGUCACCAGUUCAAGAAAACUACAUAUUCCGUCAUGAGUCUCCGCGGAUCAGAGACGCAGAACAACGAACCAGAAAAGACGUUUAUAGAGCUGAACUGGAUAGACAAGUUGAAGAGAAACGGUUGAGACGAAUUGCGGAAUUCGAGAAAAAUGAGGCGAUCGAUGCGACGAGUAAUGCGAGAGCAGCUCUCGAAUUUGCAAAUGCCAGGGAAGCCGAACGAAAAUCUAUCGAGCAUGCGAAGGAGAUGGCAAGAAAACAACUGGAAUUCCAGAUGGAAAUGGCCAGAGUUGGAGCUCCAACUGAUAAAAACUGGUUAUGGUGGGCGGAGAGACCAGAUGAACAUGGAUGGAGAGAUGCGAGAUUGAAAGGAUUGAAACAUACGAAUCAAGUGGAGAGAAAUCAAACUAUAAAACAAUCCAUCGGAAUGCUGGAAGAAUUCAAAGCUCGUCAAGCUCAUGAUGACAUGGUUAUGAGAGAUAACCGAAGAGCGAAAUACGAUAAGUUGAGAGAUCAAUUACACGAGAAUUCGAAAAUGCUGUAUCCGUUGACUAAAACUGAGAGUCGUCCGAUUAUAGUUCAACCGGAUCCACGUGUCGAAGCAGCUUGGAGAGAGGCACACGAGAAGUACGAUAAGAAAUUCGCCGUUUUGCAGGAUAAUGCGAUGAAAAGUAUCUCAGGAGCUGCUUUGGAUGGAGUUGCCCAUGCCACGACAUCAUGUCGUCGUUGUGCUCGAUGCGCCCGCCCAUUAGAAAGAAAAACGACGAUUGUUGUGAACCGAGGGGAAACAAUUCUUCCUCAUCAAACAAAUUGGCAUAGAUCAUAA